GAGACCGUAGGCAUGUGAGGUCACUCUCGGUUCCUGUUUGUCUGCUCAAGUUACUGCGUGCAUGUCACAUUGUCACGGAGGCAGCAGAAGACAAAGUUAUCAUUUAUGAACUGCUUCAAUAGUCAAAUGAUACACAAUGGAAGGCUUUGUCAUACCACCUGCCUCUGAGGAAAUUAUUCAAAGUGAGUCACAGAGUUAUCGAGCUCCGGCGGAGUUGUACCCUUACCUCACUAACGUGGGGGACGUUUAUGAAGACUACAGAUGGAGUUACCACUCAGAGCAUAUCCAGCCUGCAGACUUUGACCAUUUUCCGUCGAGUCAUUUAACAGAGCUUCAGUGUCUGGCUCCAGCACAAAUUCAACCUUACUGUUACAGCGCUGACGGGCAUCUUCACCUGGAGCCACCUCUCUCGUGUCUGCCACAAAUUCCAAACUACACUUCUUCACUGUACUAUCAGUACCAAAGCCCAGUCUCGUCUGUCCAGUACUAUUCUGAAGAGGAACAAAGAGGUGUCAGCCCCCCACUUGAGGUAUCGGAAAGCGAGGACGCGUCUGAAUACCACAAUCUGCCCUCCAUCAAGAAAGACACAAAUGCCAAGAGGAAAAUCCGCUUGUAUCAAUUUCUCUUGGACUUGCUGAGAAGCGGCGACAUGAGUGAUUCCAUCUGGUGGGUGGACCAGGAAAAGGGCAUUUUCCAGUUCUCCACUAAACACAAAGAAGCCCUGGCCAGUCACUGGGGAAUCCAAAAAGGAAAUCGCAAAAAAAUGACCUACCAAAAAAUGGCUCGUGCUCUGAGGAACUAUGGUAAAACCGGUGAGAUUCAAAAGGUGAAAAAGAAGCUGACUUACCAGUUCAGUGAAGAAGUUCUGAGGAACCUCUAUUCACAACAGUACUGUAACGAAUGAAGAAAAUACCUCAUGGAGAAUAUAACACAAAGUUGUUUUAUACUCUCCAUGAGGUAUUGUGCGGUUUGCAAUUGCAUUACUAUUUAUUUGCUUCCUGUGCGAUAUUUGCUACAUUUUCCAAAUCGUUUAAUUUCAUAAUUUGAACAGGGGACAAAUAAUGUAAAUACAUGUUUUGUGGCUCCAAUCAAUAAAGUUUUUAACAUUCAUACAUCAA